CACGGUGUGACGCACGAGGCUGCAAAAUCAAAACUUCAGACUUUGUGAAUGAGCUUCUCCUCCUCAGCAGUCAGUGUGUAACAUCUGCAGAGAGAGCAGUGGAGCUCUCAGUCAGCUGGGGAUGUAUUAUCAUGUUCUGCUGGGGGCUGCUCUGCUGAUUUGUUGUGCAGGUAAAUCCUUGGUGCAUGCUCUACCAGAGACGGUCCAGGCCUUCGUUGGCGGGGAUGUUGUCCUACCCUGCAGUUUUCACGUCUCUGCCAACGAUGACCUUCCCUCUGUGGAGUGGUCCAAGGAAGGCCUGCAGCCAAAUGUUAUCUACCUUUUCCGGCAUGGCUGUGAGACUUACGAGAUGAAGAACCCCGCCUUUGAGUUCAGGACAAGCCUCAUUACGAUGGAACUGAAAAACAGAAACUUCUCUUUGAGGAUCUCCAACGUGAAGCUGUCGGAUGCAGGGACAUACAGAUGCAUGAGGCUAACUGGGAAUGCUCCCACGGAUUUUGCAGAAGUUAAGCUAGUUGUGGGCGCCGUUUCCCAGCCUGAACUCUCAUUCACGUCGGUGGAGAGUGGAGGCGUGGCUCUUCAGUGUGAGGCAAUCUGCUGGCUGCCCGAGCCUGAGAUCACGUUUCUGGAUCAUGAAGGAAAUCACCUCCCUGCUGAUGAACCGAAAAAGGAUCAGGAUGUCAGCGGAUGUUACACCGUGAAAAGAAGACUGACUCUGCAGGGAGCUGCCAGAAGGGUCACCUGCAGAGUUCACCAGCCAAAGACCAACCAGACCAGAACCAAAGAGACCCUUAUACCAGUUGACUGCAUGAGAUCCUGUUCUCUGAACGUUGGCGUCGCUGUUGUAGGAGCCAUUUCUCUUCUGUUGAAUCUGUGUGGAUUAGCCGUCCUGUUAUGGAGGAGGUGUAGCAGAUCUGAUGGAUACAAAUUCCCGGUGAGCAGGAAGUCGUCAAAUCACAGCCCACUGGAUGGUUCCGAAAAUCAGUCACUCCUGAAGACUGUCAGUGUUGACGGGGGUGUGAACAUGGAAAACAGCCCUGUUGAGAAGUUUCCAGGAGAGGUGGCUGACCUCUAUCCAAUGCCUCUGGAACCUAUCCACUCAAACACUCAGCUGAUUUCACCUCAUGGCAAGACAAGAUGGAACAAUCCUCCAAAACACAUCCCCAGAGGUCGUAUCUUCAGUGACCCUAAUGUUUUGUCCGGUUCUUCUUCGGCCAGCAGCUCAAAGAAAACAGUCAGCUUCGAUAGUAACUUUAGACGUCCAUCUUCUGCUCAGCGUGGUCCAAACGUUCCCAAGCUGAAGCGCCGUCAUUCAUCGGUGCUUCCACAUCUGAUCAGUGACCGCUUCCACCGCUCACCAGAACUCCCCGAAGAAACACUAACAUCAAUUUAAAGUUGCCAUAUUAUGUUCUUUCUCAUCAACAUAUGUUGGUCUAACAGGUCCCCAAAACAUGUCUUUAAAGUUUAUUGCUCAUAAAAACACUUUGAAAUCA